AUGGCUGUCGAAAACGAUGUUCCACGACGAGUCAUCCAACUUCAACUGACAUGUUGGGAUAAACUUAAGGUGCCCAGAAGAGACGACUUCUACAUUUUCUUAAAAACUUAUUGGGACGACUUCAAUGCUGUGAAUAAACAAUCCACGGACUCCGUUCUUGUUCACUGCAGCGGUGGAGUUGGUAGAACAGGCACCUUCAUUGCGAUCGACAUGCUCGCACGGUACCUUCAGCGUGUAAUGGGGAUGGAGGAGAAGAAGAGUGUAGGUGAGGCGAUGGCGGCAGAAGAUGAUAUGUCGUGGCACGAAUCUGUCUAUGAGAACAUGAGGGAAUCGGAAAAGCCAAUUCCGCUUUACAAUUGUGCCGCCCUCGAUCAGAGUACCUCAACACUGGACAUCUACCACACUGUCCUUUGGCUACGCUCACAACGCUUCAAGUCUGUUCAGCAAGAUGUAAGCCGCCUGUCCACCUCAUCUGUCCGUUGCAUUCAUGCAAGCCAAUUCUAUUCCUCCCAGUGCAGGUUUAGUCAUCAGCGUCUCAAACCUACCCCCACACCCCACACUUUUGAGUGGUCAGAGGACAGACAUGCAGCCGUACUGUCCCCAAGCUGCACCACAAGUUCGCCUUGUAAGAGAUUCACGCGCCCUCUUGCAACCUUACGUAUCCACCGUCAGCGGAGACCCAAACUGAUUGUUGCGUGCAUGCUAAUGGGGAGAACUGAACAAAUAACCGCUUGUCCGAUAUUUUGGCCUUUUAGGUACAAUACAUCUUCAUCUACGACUUCUUGA